UCAACUAGUACCAUUGUUCUGGAACAUGGGAGUGUGUCUAGGGGCUGGAUUGAAGAAAGGGAGCAAGUGAAUCAGGGGGAGACUUGGGAAGGAGGAGCGGAAGAUGAAAGCAGUCGAGUUACUGCUCUUACUUCACGUCUCCAGACUCAAAUGAAUCUGCAGCUGUGCUUCAUCAACAACAGUGAGAGUGAGGAUGAGGAUGAUGACAGAGAGGCUGGAAGAGAGACAUCUCAAGAGAUUGGAAUGGGUGGCCGUGGCCCUGUCAAACAGACUCCUUCCCUUUUGGCCAAUAACAUGGGAAAACCAACUGGACUGCAAAUUGAUCAUAAAGAGAAAAAGCGUCCUGUAUGCUGUGAAGCUGUGAAGGAGCAAAAGAGGCUGAACCAUGGUGACCUGCAGACCUUCAGCCUCAAGCAGCUGAACACACUAAGGGCCUCUCUCACCCAGGCUAUUCACGAUCUGAGCUCAGAGUUAGUGGGCCGACUCUUAACCCGUGACCAGCUGCGAACUGAGCAGGAUGCAAUGCUUCUGGAAGUGCAGGAUAUGACUACUCUGCGAUGUGAUGGUCAAAAGUCUCCAUGUAAUGUUACUCAAUGAAUUUUCUUGGGGACAAUGCUGUUGGAACUAUCCAAUACUGUGAAUUAUUUUGCUCAGAACAACUGUGACUAUAUUGCUAGGGAUCAUUGAGCGUGGUAUGAACAUUUUUUUUUGUUGAACACAAAAUGUUUUUUUGAGACAUUGUUUAUCUGGCCAGUGCCUCAGUGUUGAUGGUUACCAUAGCAUUGUAGUGACUGCUGCUAUUGUUGCCUGACAAACCAAUGAUAUUUUUUGCUGUCCUCCUUAUCCUUAAAAAAUAAUAGUACUAUCAAUAAUAUAUGAACUAUCAUUAUUUUGUAUAUCUUUCCUGACCUCGCGCCUGCAAGGAUGAGGUAAUAGGAUGGGAUUUGAGGUAAUCACUAUGGGACAUCACAGAUUUUGGGAUGAAAGGAAAAUGUGCCAUUAUGUGUUUUCUUUAUGUACUGGACCAUGUCCAAACUCUUUUACAUAAAAUAAACAUUUCAUUCUUUUUAUUA